ACUAUCAACGGCCGUGAUUGAAAGAGUCCCGCGAAUACAAACAAUUGUCUCCUUAUCCUUUCAUAAAAAGUUUGAAGUUGUCGUCAAACUUGGACCUUAUAAACCGACACUGGAUUUACAUUUGAAGAAAAAGAAGUUAUAUUUAUGUCAGCGUAAAGUGGAAUACUUGGCAGAUCUUCAAAAGGAAAUACUUAACGUCACAAGGAAUCGCAAGAAUAUCUCUUUAUGAACUUGUCUCAAACGUCAACAUGUUAUAAACUUAAGCAUGCAACCUCCUGUUGCAUUUAGUACGCAGAAUAUGCAUCUUUUGCUUAGUGAAAGCAUUCAAUGUUGCUAAAAUCCGUGAUUUGUGUUUCUCCUCUCGACUAGUAAAGUUCUGCAGCUGGUUUUGACUCGGAACUGAGUCUCAUCUCAGUUUAAACUCGUUUCAUCAGCGACCCACAAGAGCUGGUCGACAUCAGUCAUGAAUGUGCCAAGGUGCUCUGGAGUUUGCGCUAUGGUGAGACUUCUGGCGCUGUUUAUACACGUUAUGUCAACGACAGCAAAGAGACACGUUGUAUACUGGAACUCUACAAAUACACGGUUAACAGGAGAUGAUUACUCUGUCCAGGUCAAUCUGAGUGAUUAUCUGGAUAUACUGUGUCCACACUAUCCAGCCAACCAACCGCCGAGCGGUCCUGUGGAGACUCUGGCUCUCUACCUGGUGUCUAAAGCCCAGUUCAGGGGCUGCGUGGAGACUAAAGAGGCCAUUAAGAGAUGGGAGUGUAACCAGCCAUACGCUCCCUACGGCCCUGUCAGAUUCUCUGAAAAGAUCCAGCGCUUCACACCCUUCUCCCUGGGCUUUGAAUUCCUGCCUGGACACCAUUACUACUAUAGCUCACUGUCCACAGACGACGGACCCCCCCUCCCAUGUAUGAAACUACGAGUCACUGUGUGUUGUCCACCGACAACAGCUGGAUCAUCAAGACGAGAAGCCACAGUGAGACCAUCACCCGACAGUGCUGUCCAUCCAGUGACAGUCAGACGACUUUCUCUCCUCCUCAUCUUCCUCUUGUUGCCUUAUUUUCUCUAAUAUUUCUUACUAAAACAUAAAAACAAGUGCCCUGUUGAGGCGGAUAUUCCUCUAUAACCAGUUGCGUUACAGUAAAUGCUUGCUCUACUUCUGUGGAUUGCACACACACAUAGACUCUCUUUCUCGUACUCCUUUUCUCUGUCAUUUUUGUCACGCUAUUAAUCUCCAUCCCUCCAUUUCCUUUCUGGUUCUCUCUCUCUCUCCGUCCACUCUCAGUGGCUCCUUACUCCUGUCUGCUCUGAUGAAAGUUCACUCUGUAACGGAGCGACACUAAUCUGCCUUCAAAGAGCUUAUCUUACUGUUCAUUUUCUUUUAAUCCAUCUGUCCUUGAGAGUCAGACAUUCCUUUACAAGCCCCUGCUCCCCCCUCUGUCCUACUGUACAACAAACUGAGCCAAAGACGAGGAGGAUGAAGCUCCCGGUCCUGCUGUUUGUACUACUGAGUGAAAGAUUAGGGACAGCGUGACUAUUCAAAUGUGGGAUCACUACCAUAUCCAAUGAUCAAAAUAUAAAAAUUUAUAUAUGUGUGUGU